CAUUUGGGGGAUAUCUGUACUAUUCUGACAUUUGGGGGAUAUCUGUACCGUCCUGACAUUUGGGGGAUCUGUACCGUCCUGACAUUUGGGGAUAUCUGUACCGUUCUGACAUUUGGGGGAUAUCUGUACUGUUCUGACAUUUGGGGGAUAUCUGUACUGUCCUGACAUUUGGGGGAUAUCUGUACUGUUCUGACAU